AUGUCUAAUUUGGCCCCCACCCAAAUCAUAACAACUACCACCCCCUCCGGCGCCUCCACAGUCCACUCUUCCUCACCAAUCGCUUUCGUUCCUCUAAACCCCCCUUACAACACACUCUUAGCUGGUAAUGUCUUUACAACCCACACCUUCCCUACCGUCUUGUCAGACGAAGGCGACAUUAAACGACAUGAAGCCUAUGUCCCUAAGGGAAUUGGCGUAAAAAACGGAGUAGUAGCGGUAAUGAAUAAGUUUCUACCAGGGGCAGAGUGUCCAGCACAUAGAACCGAGACAAUCGACUUUGGAGUUGUUGUGGAAGGGGAGCUGGAGGUUUUAUUGGAUGGUGGGGAGAAGAAGAGGUUUGGGAGGGGGGAUGUGGUUGUUCAGAGAGGAACGUAUCAUGGAUGGAGGAACCCGAGUAUGGAGAAUGAGACAUUGGUGUUUUUUGUGGCUGUUGCAGCGGAGGCUGUUGUUGUUGGUGAGGAGGUGCUUGGGGAGGAUUUGAAGAAUCUGGGGAUAUACUACCUAUGGAUCGAGCACAAGCUUGCGAUGGAUAUCGCGAGGACUAGUGCAACAUGGCUUGACAAAAAAUAUGAACUUGCAUUUGAAACGGUAGUUCAAUAUGACCUAAGUAAUCUAAGAUCUCAAGAACUACAAACUGGUUUUGUUCUCAAUUUUGCGAUCUUUUCUGGUGCCGACACUACCCAACUGACACUCGGGUACUCCUAG